AUGGGGCAGUUUUCACCCUUCAUCAGAUAUUCUGCCGCGGACAGACCAUCUGGAUCUCCCCGCCUCACUCUUACUCUCCAAGCAAAAUCGGACCUAGAUAUCGAGGUUGAGGCGCGGUGUUUUAUCACCAUCAUAAUCACGCGAGAUGCAGAUGAUCCUCAAGGACAACCAUGCAUCAUCCACUGGGACCCCAUCGAGGAUGGAUUUGGCCAGUCGGGCAUGAUGCUACUUCAGUACAAUUAUCCACACACGAACGAAUUGCAGCACCUUCAACCCGACCUGGAGCAGUUGCCAGCAAAAUCCCUCCACCCUCGAGAAGUGAAUACGUCGGACCCGUGUUUCAAAGAAUUGAACCCAGGCGCUAGUGUUUCCUGGGAGGUGGCCUUGCCAUCUGUUUACUUUGAUUUCUUCCAAGUAGGAAAGUUUUACAAUAUCUUUUGGCCAGGCAGCCAAAUUCCUUUGUGGGACUGGGGAACAUUAGCGGAGCAUAGUAACCGCAGUCUUGGCCCCAAGUCUCCUGCAGCGAUCCUGCCUAGCAAAAUAGGACGGUCACUGUCCAUUACCGCCGAGGAAAGCGAUAUAGAUGAUGUGGGCCCAUUACCACCUUCGCCCAAACCUCUGUUAGCACCUGCUAGGAUGAGUGGCGCCCCAAUCUUUAGCCUUAGCAUCGCCGGAUCUGCUACGUUAUCGAUGAAAGAUCGCACUCAAAGAGGUGAACUGCGUUAUCCUAUCACAGCCACACUCUCGUAUGACACAGCUCCGGACGCCUAUGACGGAAAACCGGUUACAUUUCAUGCGUUCAAAUUCGAAGGUUUUGAUCGCCGCGAGGACGGAUUCCGGCUCUAUUUUCGAAAAAAGGACAAGGAUGACUGGAGUCCACAUGAACUUGGGGGCCUGUUUACGCACCAUGAUUACAGAUUUUCUACUAAAACUCCGGUAAAUGUUGGCCGUAACGACCAAAAUAGUUUUGUGAGCCUGAUGCCUGGCGAGUCGUGGUCAUUUACGCGGGAGGUGAGUGACUUCCCGAAAAAUGCAGCCCCGGGUGAUAAGUUUCGGUACGGGUUCAAGGGAGCUUUCAUUGACUGGUGGGAUUGGGGAAAUCUUCAUGAUCAUCAAGAUACUAUGGUGCGGGUUAAUGGCAGGGUCGAUCCGCAAGAUAAUGGACGCCGGCCUACACUCGCGGUGCCGGCUAGUAACUGGGUCGAGUUUACACUAGUUGAAUGA